CCGGCCUGUGCGUCGUCUUACAGAAUAGUUUAAAAGUGUUUUGUCGAAGUAAAAUACUCCAAAAUAGUGUCUGCUUUGAAAUACUUGCGUCGAAAAACUGCUGGACCGGGUCUGGGCUCCACAUCACAGUUGUAGCCUAUAGGGGGCGACAGAGAGCCCCAUUUCUGGGGGAAAAAAACAUCUCACCUUCUUUCUUUAGUCCAAGUGUAGGAGCACGUUAGAGUGACCAUGGAGUGCGUUUGCUGUCAUGUAGUUCAGCGUUAAUACGGCGUGAAUAGUGGGCGAAGGGGGACUUGCGAGAGGACACAAAGGAGCCAGGCGCCAGCUAUGGCCGCGCGGGAGGAAGCAGAGGUUCUCCACGGCAAAAUAAGGCACCACGACGGGGCUGGAAGUGUAAACAGCUCGGAGGGCUUCAGGAACGGCUAUGUGAAGAGCUGCGUCACCCCCCUGAAACAGGACCCCCAGAGGGGAUUUUUGUUCAGCUUGUGCAGGUUUUGCAACGAGGACGUUUUCAAUUCGAAAUUGUUAAAGGUCUCAGCCCUGUACGUCGGCGCCUUUGUUGUUUUCGCGAUUUCCUUUCUCCUUUCCAGGACCUUGCAAAGUGACUCGCUAUGGGAUUUGCGGACUUUUUUGUCGGGCUUCUCCCAGUCCAUCAGUCCACUCUUCAGCCUAGGAUGUGCUUUCUUCUUUCUAACAUUUUACCUGAGGAGGAAAAAGAAGGAGAGCAGCAAAUGUUGGCUGGUGUCGCUGCCAGCGUCCUGUUUCCUCGGAGAUUUUCUGGUUUUGCGCUUUUUGCAGUGGGGAGAGGACCAGCACCAGAUGCAAAUGGUGGGCAGGUUGCUGUUCGUGUUGGGAUGUGUGGGUCUGCUCACGCUGAUCCCGACUCUGAAGCUCAAACACAGCGUCCUCAUCCUGGUGUUCGCCAGCGUUGUAUGGCUGGUGUCUUUCACAAGUUUGAGCGGUCUGCCCGCACUCCUCAGACCGCUCCUGGCGUGCUUCGCCGGGGUGUCGGGCUGCCUGUUGGGGCUCUGUUUUGACCGCUACUACCCGGCGAGGGACGCGCAAAGCGGGACUUCGAACGUGGAGGAGAAGGUCCCCGUCAUCAGACCGAGGAGACGGUCCAGCUGCGUUUCCCUCGGAGAAACGUCGACCAGCUAUUAUGGCAGUUGUAAAAUGCCCCGCAGACCUUCGUUGCCCUGCAUAUCUAGAGAGCAGAUGAUCUUAUGGGACUGGGAUCUGAAGCACUGGUACAAACCGCAGUAUCAGGGUGCAGUAAGCGGGAAUGGGGUUGAUCUGUCAGUCAUCAACGAGGCCAGGAAUCUGGUGUCCGACGUGCUGGUGGACUCGUCCCUGUCGCCCAACACCAUUGCCAAUCUGCGCAGCAUCUCCAGCCUGCUGGGGACGUUUUCGGGUUCGUGCCGUCCGAGGGUCAACCCCUUUACGCCUUUCCCCGGAUUCUACUCUGUGGAGGCGGACGACCCUGUCGACAGGACAGAAAGGAAAAGCAUUAAGUGUCUGAGCAGCAGAAACAGCCUCCCAACUCCUCAACCCAGGCGGAGUUCCACGUCCUCUGCAUCAACUUCUCAUCCCCUUCUGGACUCCCCCGCUUCACGCUGGGAACGUAACAACGGAAAAAGGCAGCACUCCGAACACAGCCUCAUGAGCUCAGGUCUGCCCAACGGUCCCAAUUCAAACCUGCUAACCAUUCCCAAACAGAGGUCUUCCUCUGUGACUCUCACAUACCAUGCUGGGCCCAGAAGGCCAGGCACGUCCCCCAGCCUUAGUCCUGUACCCUCACCCAGCCACAGUCCUCCAGCACUGGGGACAGGAGGCUCAUCGUCCCAUGUCAGUCGAUCACCUGUGGAGUUCCCAGACACGGCGGACUUCCUGAAAAAACCAAGUGUUCACUUGAACAUGCACAAGCCUUUAAGCUACCCUAUUAACUCUGCCGAAUCCCAGCAGGCCUUCCGCAACUCUACGUUUCCUGUCUGUAACAGCUGUGGCCGUCAGAUGCUCAAGGGAGUUUCCAGCAGUGACCAUGGGGAUUCUCAUCCUCUGUUUAACAGCGAGGGUCAAUGCAGGCGCUCAGGUGAAGGGCUGGACUUUAGCGGGGAGCCUGUUAUCAGAGAGGAGAGCAGUGAGCUAGACGUGUCUUCAGAUGGACGGCAAGAAGCUGGAAGAAACCAGGGCCUGACCGAAGAGGAGGAGGAGAGCUCGAGCACGGAGCAGUCAACACCAAAAUCAGAGGGUGAACUGGAGUUCAAGUUAGAUCCCAUGCUGGAGGAGCACGAGGCUCUUAUGGAGAAAAUGAACACCUGGAACUUCCAGAUCUUUGACCUGGUGGAUGUAACAGGAGGGAGGACAGGACGCAUUCUCAGCUACGUCACAUACACACUUUUCCAGGACACGUGUCUGUUUGAAAUCUUCAAGAUUCCUGUGAGAGAGUUCAUGUCGUACUUUCAUGCUUUGGAAAACGGCUACAGAGACAUUCCCUACCAUAACCGAGUCCAUGCUACUGAUGUGCUCCACGCUGUCUGGUAUUUGACCACUCAACCCAUCCCAGGCUUCCAGCAGAUCCACAGUGAGCAUGUCACAGGGAGUGACACAGACUCAGAUAGUGGCAUCUCUCCAGGCAGGAUAUCUUAUGCCUCCUCCAAGAGCUCCUCAAUCUCAGAUGACAGUUAUGGCUGCCUGGCCUGGAACAUACCUGCUCUUGAGCUUAUGGCCCUUUAUGUAGCUGCUGCAAUGCACGACUAUGACCACCCAGGUCGCACAAAUGCCUUUCUAGUUGCCACUAAUGCACCUCAGGCUGUUCUAUAUAAUGACCGCUCGGUUCUGGAGAACCACCAUGCUGCAUCUGCUUGGAACCUCUACCUGUCCCAGCCCGAGUACAACUUUCUGGUCAACCUCGAUCACGUGGAAUUCAAGCGAUUUCGUUUCCUUGUUAUUGAGGCCAUACUGGCCACAGACCUCAAGAAGCACUUUGACUUUUUGGCUGAGUUUAAUUCGAAGGUGAAUGAUGUGAAUAGUCCAGGAAUUGAUUGGACCAAUGAGAAUGACAGGCUACUGGUUUGCCAAGUGUGCAUCAAGCUAGCAGACAUAAACGGACCAGCUAAAGUCCGGGACUUGCAUCUGAAGUGGACUGAAGGCAUCGUCAACGAGUUUUACGAGCAGGGAGACGAGGAAACAAAACUGGGAUUACCCAUCAGCCCCUUCAUGGACCGCUCCUCCCCGCAGCUGGCCAAGCUGCAGGAGUCCUUCAUCACCCACAUUGUUGGACCACUGUGCAAUUCUUACGAUGCUGCAGGCCUGCUGCCUGGCUACUGGAUUAGUAAAGAAGGGUCGGAUGAAGACGAGGAUGAGGGGCAGGGGGACAUAGAUCUGGAUGAAGAUGAAGAUGAGGAAGAUGUACUAGAAGAUGAGCUGGCUCCAAGAAGGACGAAAAAUCGCCGCAGGCUUUACUGUUGCAUCAUGCACCACCUGACAGAGAACCACAAGGUUUGGAAGAAGAUCAUCGAGGAAGAAGAUAAAAGCAAAGAGCUCGGCAAACAGCAGCAGCAGCAGGACAGCUUGCCCACCUCCCCAUCAGAUGACAUCCAGGUCAUCCAGGAAGAGGAGGAGGGAGAGGAAAGACAGUAAUGGAAGGACGAAGGAAGGAGUAGAUCUGUGUGAAACAAGGACAAGCAGGAUCCCCGGUCCUUUUUCUUACCUGCCUUUCACUGACAUUAGGACUGAUAAAUGCACAUAAAAAAAAGAAACAUUCUCCUUCUCUCACAAACACACCAAUCAAAAGCUUCACUGUGCAAAUGCUCAAACGCUGAAACAGUCACGUUAUGUUAUUUUCUUUUUUACCUUUAUUUUGGAGAAACAAAAAGGCCUUACUACUGUGAGCGGAUCCUUACCGCAACGGUGGGGGCCCCAACCCCUAUGCACUUUCAACCCACGGAGAGUCAAGUGCACCCAGUAAAAACAAACACAAAAAAAAGCACCAGAAGCAAGGAGGAAGGUGCUGAGGAAGAGGAGUGUGGACAGGUUCCAGCAUUGAGUUGCUCACCUGGUUGUGAGGCUGCCUUGAAUGCAAAGCACUCAACACCUUCUGUAGGUACAAAACAGCACCUGUAUAUUAAAGACAAAACAAUGGAUGGCUAAGGAUGAAUACUGAAGCGAAGGACUUCAAGAAGUGACCGAUACCCUUUACCAAAGUGAACAGUUGAUGCGUGGAAAGACGACAGACUAAAACUGUUUCUAAUGAUGUGCCUGUCUGAACCUCUAUUAAGCCCAUAUUGGCCCUUGUAGUUGUCUCACCUUGCUGGCGACACGAAACACUGUAUCAGACUCAGUCACAGACAAUAUUGAAAUGUUGGCUGAUUAAUAGCAUUAUAUCUGCAUCAUUUUGGAUGCUUUUAUUCAUGUGUAACAUCUUUCUCCUUUUUUUUUCCUUUCUUUACCUCUGACAGUUUUGUUUUUCACGCGUCAUUAUUUUGGUAUGGAGAGAACGAGCGAGGAAAAAGAGAGCACAUUUAAAAAAAAAAAGAAAUUACUUUAGGAUGUCAUUUGUGCGUGUUUAUGUGUGCGUUUUUUCACAUUGGUGUUUGCUUUUAAAUCAGUGAAAUGUCUUCUGAUGUUUGACAUGCAGAUCCAGAGUGCUGAUUCCAUGAAUGGGACUUUUUUUUUUUUUUUUUGAUUACAAGUAUUUUUUAAGGUUACUCAGGAUUCACAAAGUUGAAUAAUUCUUUUUGCAAGACUUUAUGACAAUAAUAUGAAAUACACUUUAAAGAAACCUAAGUAAUUAAAAAAAAAGAAUGAAAAUUGAGGCGACUGAAGUAGUUUGUAAUCUCUUAAUGAACAACUUGACUCCAAGCCAAUUCCAGAUACUAAAAUCAGAGGAGGAGCAUAUCAUAUGUGCUGUCUCUUGGCCAUUUAUUCGUACACUGUUUGCAUUACCUUUUUUUUUGUUUGUUUUACAACCAACUGGAGAAAAGGUUAUCUUGAUUGUCGGCAGACUGCAAAUGUCGCUCCUGCAGUAACACCAAUAGUUUUGCUGUUCUAUAACAGUAAAUUAGGCGUUCUAUCCUGUUUUCUUUUUUUUAAACCACCUGUACAAAGUCUAAAAGGGUGGUUCAGUUAGUCGGGUUGGGGGUGUGUGUGUGUGUGUUAAUGUCUAAACAAGCUAAAUGCACAAUCAAAUGAACUUUUUUGGCUUCUUAAUUUAUAACUUUAUCUCAACCCACCACAAAAAAUAAAAAAGGCCAGUGUGUUAAGAAGAAAUGCAGGGUUUCAUGUCACUUACGAUUUGUUUAUAUAUAUAUAGAUAUAUAUAGAUAUAUAUAUAUAUAUCUAUAUAUAUAUUGUCUGCCACAAGGCAGGCUAAAAAACCUUUUAGUUUUCUAAAUUUAUCUGUAAAACUCCUUGCAUUCCACUAGAAUAAGGAAUUUGUAUCAUUGCUCUGUGGUCAGCUUAUUAAAUCAUGAUCACUUUGGAGAAAUUUAGGUGAGUUGUGGAAUUUGGCUUGGUAAAAAAAAAACACAGGUACAGAUGUGCACAUUUUAAUACCAAACAAGUGUUUAGCCACUGUACAAAAGAGUGUGUUCAUAAAAAUAUAUAUUUUUGAAUAAUCAAGUGAAUGCAUCUGUUUUCUACACAUAAUUAAGAAAAAUGUACAUCAUGUAAUGAAAACCUUUUGCAAUUCAAGAGAGUUUAUUUUGUUUUAUUUCUGAUGUGGAAUGGUGGGGGGCUUUUAUUAGUUUGGUUCGACACCUUUUUUUUUUUUUUUUAGCCUCUCAUUGUUCUGUACCAUAAACCACUCUUUGUCUCCACCAUUGACUUUCUCUCACCGUUGUGUCGCUUGUGUCACCAAACUUGUGCCGCACUCAACCAUCAUCCUGUACGUCGUGGGUUCGGUCUCUCCAUCUGCGUCAUUUUCUCCAGGCUAGGGCCCUGCUGGCAUGGAACCAGCACAUUGGGUCCAAAAAGAAAAUUUCCCUCCACGAUCAGGAACAGAGUCGGGACUCAGGCUGGAGCCAAAUGCAUUCUGACAAAUUUGACAUCCGUUCUAUUCACAUGGACCCAAGCUGGAUCGUAAAGCCGUGGUAGCUCCAGACCUGAUAUGUUCUGACUCAUUAAGUUGUAAAUGUUUGUUGGCUUCUCACUGUGCAGUCUUUCAAACCACAGUGUCCUCUGAUGAUUGUGCCAUAAAUACAUCUAAGAAUGGUUGUUACCCUUAUGUAGCAUCAAUGUACGUACGUUUGUCUAAUGUAACCAUUCACCCUUAUCUGUGGGGAUUUUUGUUAUUUAUAGCUGUCAUAAAACACCAUCCCUAAAG